UACCAUCCCCACAUUGACUGUCUCUCUCUCUCCCUCAUGGGAAAUGAGUGACAGAAAAAAUCAACAAUUUGCUUGUUAUUAAUUUGUGGACGAACAAUUCCCUGCAGACCACAUCGAAUCCUCAAGACCCAAAAGAAGCUUCAUAGUUCAUAUUCUACAUCAAGCCUACAAUUUCUUUGAUCCACAAGAAGAAAAAAUGGGAACUUUGGUAGAAAGCAGUUAGAGAGAGAGAGAGAGAGAGAGAGUUGCAUGAAGGAAAACGAUAAUAAAGCUUUAAAUGCAAGGUGGUUGAUGUAUAGUCUCUUUCCGAUAUUUCUCUUUUCCCUUAGGGACUAAGCAUAUACCCAUUUCUUCCUUUAUUAUUUAUAUUAGACCUUUGGAGCAAAUCUUUAAGACAAAGGCGUACAAGACCCAGCUUUAUGUGCUUUAUUCUCGUACAAAUCCUGAUUACCCGGACAAUGGAUCUUAUUGCACACCCAUCUGUCUUAGCCUCCUCCUCAUCGUCUAUGUUUGUGAAUUUCUUUGAAAGAGUUAGAGAAACCUUCCAUUUCGCGGUGUCUGCGGUUAUUGGGAACAUCUUCUCUGCGAUCUUCACCUUCUUCUUUGCAUUAGUGGGCACCUUAUUAGGAGCUAUGACUGGAGCUUUGAUAGGCCAAGAGACCGAAAGUGGCUUUGUUAGAGGGGCUGCCGUUGGAGCAAUAUCUGGAGCUGUUUUCUCCAUUGAAGUCUUUGAAUCUUCUCUUGUUCUUUGGCAAUCAGAUGAAUCCGGUAUUGGGUGUCUCCUCUACUUGAUUGAUGUCAUUGCAAGCCUUCUAAGUGGGAGACUUGUUCGCGAGCGGAUCGGUCCGGCCAUGCUAAGUGCAGUGCAAAGUCAGAUGGGUGCUGUUGAAACAAGCUUUGAUGAAAUCCCUAACAUCUUUGACACUGGCGGGGCCAAGGGUUUGCCAGGAGAUUCAGUUGAAAUGAUCCCAAAGAUCAUAAUUACAAAGAAUGACAAUGUAGAUGCUUCUGGAGAGGAGGUCUCUUGUUCAGUGUGCCUUCAGGACUUUCAGCUCGGAGAGACAGUUAGAUGCUUGCCUCAUUGCCAUCACCUGUUUCACCUACCUUGCAUAGAUAGGUGGCUCCUUAGGCAUGGUUCCUGCCCCUUAUGCAGAAGGGAUCUGUGAACAUUAUUUCUGUAAAUUACAAACUGAAGAAAGUUUUCUUUUAUUAUUUAUACAGUUAUUUAACUCUUAGGGCAUUUGUAUUUUGUUGUUACAUUGUUGCUCUGGUAGUUGGAGCUUACCACGUUAUGAGUUAGAUCAUUGUACUUCACAUUGGCGAUCAUGUAAAUUUUUUUUUUGAGUUAUGACAGUUCUCAUUGCUUCUUUUGAUA